UUUUAAUAGAGUGAGGAAUUCUGUGAAGAAGAACAAUGGCACAUUACAAGGGUGCAGCAUCAGAGGGUGGAAGAGCCCAGAUUUUAAUAAAAAAACGUCAGAAAGAACAAGAGGAGAUAGAGACUCGAAAACGCAAGAUCGAGGACGAACUGAAAAUAGGGAGCAUACAGAAUAAGUUUGCAUCUCAUUAUGAUGCUGUGGAACAACAGCUCAAGUCUAAUACCAUAGGUCUUGUAACACUGGAUGAAAUGAAAGCAAAGCAGGAAGAUGUGAUUAAAAAGCGACAGUCACAGUUAGCUAAGAAAGAUGCCCAGGCCCGACUCAUAGAGAAAGAAAAGGAGAGAAAGAAGAAAAAAGAGCAACAGAAGAUUGCCAGUCUCUCCUUUGAUCCAGAUGAAGAAGAAGAUGAUGAUGAAUUUGAAAAGGAAGAAGUUGAAGAAACAAAAAAGAAACGAAGGCUUGGAAAGAAUCCUGAUGUAGAUACAAGCUUCCUGCCGGAUCGUGACAGAGAAGAGGAGGAAAACAAGCUCAGAGAACAACUUCGUCAGGAGUGGGAGGAAAAACAGGAGAAAAUGAAAAAUGAAGAGAUAGACAUAACGUACAGUUACUGGGACGGGUCAGGGCACAGACGGCAGGCACGGAUGAAGAAGGGGAAUAGCAUUCAGCAGUUCCUACAGAAGUGUUUAGAGACCCUCCGACGGGAAUUCAAUGAUCUGAAAGUUGUCUCUGUGGACCAGUUAAUGUAUGUGAAAGAAGAUUUAAUCAUUCCCCAUCAUUACACAUUUUAUGAUUUCAUUGUCACCAAGGCUAGAGGUAAAAGUGGUCCACUGUUUAGUUUUGAUGUUCAUGAUGAUGUGAGGCUCCUUAGUGAUGCCUCUGUGGAGAAAGACGAGUCACAUGCUGGGAAGGUUUGCCUCAGAACCUGGUACGAAAGGAACAAGCACAUAUUCCCAGCUAGUCGAUGGGAACCAUAUGAUCCAGAGAAAAAAUGGGAUGAGUAUACCGUGUCAGACAAAAAUGCAGCCAAAAUAACUGUCAAGUGAUAUGUUGUAUGAAUAACUGCCAAGCGCAAUUUACUAGUAAUUAGAAUUAGAUGUUCUUUGAUAUGUUAUACACAAUUAAUAACUGUCAAGUGAUAUGUUGUACACAAAUGUGAAUCCAGAUCAUUUGAAGAUUUUACUUAUACAUGUACAAUCUUUUGAUUGAAGGCAGUUUGGGAAGUCUUUGAUGAUUUGAGAGCUAGCAAACCCCGUAUUCUGUAUCUGUUUUGGUUAUUUCACAUUAUAAUUUAAUACAGAGCAUCAGUCAUAUAUUGUUUUGUCUGAAUGCUUUCUUGUCAGUGUAUGCAUUGAACACGAUAUGUGAUGUUAUGUGUUACACUUAAAUUGAGGAAAUAAGUUUUGCAAAACAAAGUUUAAGUCUCAUGUGAAAAAAGGCAUAUAGAACCAAUGCACUGUUUUAUUUGAUAAU